AUGAAUGACGAAGAGACAAAUGUGGAUGCUGAUGAUUGUGAAGAAAGUCUGAAUUACAACAACUUGCAUGACGAUUCAGGUUUUCAACAAUGGUCUCCAAUGGAUGAUGAUGACCACGUUGAACACGAAGAUAUCGAAUUAAAGUUGAACCAAGUAUUUCACUUGGUGAAUGUGAAGAAAAUUGAUGAUUUUCGCAACACGAAACAAAUUUCAAAUGCUAUCGACGCAACUUAUUUCAAACUUCGCGAGUGGAGUAAUACAAUUAUGCCCUCUUCCCUUCAUGAUGAAAAGCCUGAAAUAUUUGACUCGCUGAAUGUUUCAAUUGAUGAUGCUGUUUCGAUUCUAAAUCAUCUACGGGAACUCUUCAGUAUCAGCGACAGCAACGAGCAAAAACGACUGCUGACAAUGCUACCACCACAUUGGGGUCGCGAUCGAAUGGCUAAUUGGUUUGGUGGUUCAGAGCACCAAGCUCGACACUCCGUAGACCUUCGAACAGCGGGUGGUAUUUUCUCGAAACCUGAAGAUCGACGAGGAAAUAAAUCACUUGAUGAACAAAUUGAACUCACAGUGCAUAAAUUCUACACAAGCGACGAAGUCAGCCGGGAAACAUCUUACAAAAAGCAGGUCAUUCAUCCGCCACCAUCUAGAAAGCCCGUUCCUUUACGUUUUCUUCAUUCGAACAUCGGCGAGACAUACCAGCAGUUCAAAUCGAAGUAUAUCAACAUUGAAAUAAGUCGAUCGAAGUUCUCUUCACUGCGGCCAGUUUGGGUGAGAGAUCAAAUAGCUCAUGAAUCUUGUAUGUGCAUCUAUCAUGAGAAUGCUGAUUUAGUGCUUCAGGGAAUAUCAAAAUCGCUUCAUCAUCUCGUCUCAAUGAAAAACUUAAUCGAAGAAACUGUUUGCACAUCUCCUUCUGAAUUUUGUUAUUAUCGCCAAUGUGUUAAUUGUCGCCAAUUAAAAGCAUCUGAUAUACUAUCUGAUGGUAUAGAUAUUGAAAUUAAAGAUUCAGCUUCAUGGUCAAUAUGGAAGAAACUAAAUUCACGUUACGAGCUUCUUCAUUUGACUGGUACAUUUCGAGCACUUUUAGAAGAAAUCGACAGUUUAUGGUCGAACUUUAUUAUACACAGCUUUUACACACGUGAACAACGUGACUACAUUGCCUUAAUUAAAGAGACGUCAACUAUCACCACUUUUGCAGUUGUACAGGUCGACUUUGCUCAGAAUUUUUCUUUCGUUAUACAGCGAGAAAUUCAAUCAGCAUACUACUCCCGUCAACAAGCAACCAUCUUUACGAUAUAA